AUGGACCCUGAACCGAGCGAUCCGCCGGAUCUUCAACCUACCAUCGGCUUGAUAGGCAUGGGCGCAAUGGGAAAGAUGUACGCGCACUUCCUCUCCGCAGCUGGUUGGAAGAAGAUCCACGUUUGCGAUCGGCCCCCCCAUUAUGAAUCUCUAAGACUGGCGUACGAUGGGGUACCUGGUAUCACGGUCCUUCCGGAUGGGCAUCGGGUAUCUCGCACGUCGGAUUUCAUCAUGUACUCGGUGGAGGCGGAGUUCAUAGACCGCGUGGUUGCAGAAUACGGACCUUCAACGAAGGUCGGAGCGAUUGUUUCCGGACAAACUUCAGUGAAAGCGCCGGAGAAGGCAGCCUUCGAAAAGUACUUGCCCGAGGACGUUCAUAUCGUGUCUUGCCAUUCGCUUCAUGGUCCUACGGUCUCUCCCACUGGGCAACCCCUUGUUUUGAUCAAACAUCGCGCUCCGGACUGGGCCCUCACGCUUGUUGAAAGCAUCUUGAGGCCGCUAGGGUCCCGUUUCGUCUAUUUGUCGUACGAAGAUCAUGACCUCGUGACUGCUAAUACCCAGGCUGUCACACAUGCGGCUUUUCUGAGCAUGGGAACUGCAUGGUCGAGCUCCCUAUCGUAUCCUUGGGAGCACGGUUACUACGUGGGCGGUAUCGAAACAGUCAAGGUCAACAUCAUGCUUCGGAUCUACUCCAAUCAGUGGCAUGUUUACGCUGGACUAGCCAUCUUGAAUCCUUCAGCUCGACUGCAAAUUGACCAAUACGCUCGUAGCGUUACAGAACUGUUCAAGCUCAUGCUCGCCGGAAGUGAGGCUGCUCUUCGCGAUCGCGUAUAUUCAGCGAGGGAUACCGUGUUCCCCUACAGCCGAAACGGAAACUCCAGCCGUAGCCCGAUACUGUUGUCCGAAGACGUACUUGACCAAUUCAGUCUGGGCAAGAAGUCGUCGGUUGGAGGUACGACGUCGCCAUCGUAUGGAACAGAUCAAAGCAACACGUCGCCAAAGGAGUUUCGACCCCCGGCAAAUUCACACCUCUCCCUCCUCGCGAUGGUAGAUUGUUGGGCUCAUCUCGGCAUACAGCCAUUCGUCCAUCUCGAACUCGCCGCAACGCCCAUCUUCCGAAUGUGGCUCGGUGUGGCGGAGUCAUUGUUCUGCUCACAGGAACGACUCGAUGGUGCCAUCCACGCGGCAGUGCACGACGUGUCUCACCGGUCCGAUGACCUUGAAUUUGUCGUAGCAGCUCGCGGGUGGAGUCAAUGUGUUUCCUUUGGGAGCUUCGAGUUGUACAAACAGCGAUUCACGCAGACUGCUUCGUUCUUCAGCACGCGGUUCGAGGAGGCUACCAAAAUUGGAUCGGCUAUGUUACAAACUAUCAUGGAAAGCGAGAUCAAGCAUUAG